AUGCUUUCCGCUCGACCCAUGGAGGCCAUCGUAGGCCACGAAGCAGGCAGCGACGGCGACACCGACGAUGACGGUGCAGUACAGCUGGCCACGGAGGCCGGCAGGUUGCACUUGAAGGAAAAGACGGAUGGUCCAGGUUACGAAGUGACUGGUAAAUCGCCCAUCCCACAAGGAGCUGGUACACCGGCGGAUGGAUCUCCAGCAGGUACCAAUGCCGUCGUCUCUCCCGCUCUCAAAUCUGUUCAGGUUCCCAAUCUUCCAGGAGGAGGAGCGGAAUUGGCCAAUGCUGUCAGUCUAGGAGGACCAAGCAACUUUGCGCACGAAACACGUCUCAACAAUGUUGGAGCUCUAAAGCAGAUCAACGUCUCUGGUCCUGCUGCCGGUACAGAGAUCGCCGCACCUGCAGGCACAGGGGGACCUAUCCACACUUCCCCUCUGAGCGAGACCUUUUCAGGCGGCGCUUCCGGGCCUAGAUCUAACAGUCUGUCGCCCGUGAUCAGUAGUGCGAGGCAUGCUUCGGCAGGGAUAGGGCCUGGCGCGGUAGGCCUGGCAGGUGCGCGAGGAGUAGACGCUGCAACCGGAUCGGCUACGCCUUCUCAGUUCAUCUUUCCCAAGCUGGGAGCGAGGAAACACUCAGAUGUGCCUGGUGCAGCAACUAGCGGUACCAACACCCCUGGUGAUGCGCAGGGAAGCGGCACGGAUGAUCAUGGGCAUGGCAAAGGAUCGGGCUCGCUCAAAGGUCCCAAGCGGAAAGAUACCCAUAAUCCCCUCGUCGACCUUCGCCGUGUGAGUUGCGUGUGUUUAGAUCAGAGCGUCAAUGUACGCCUUCUAUGUGCCCGCAUGCUAACACCGCAGUUGACCUCACAGUUCUUGCAAAAUCACAUUGGACACCACAGCGAUACACACAUCCGCUCCAGCUCUGGCUCCUUGACGCCGAGCGGAGGAAGAAGAAAGGGCCACGACUCACCUCCGCUCGGAGACGAUCAUGCGCAUUUGGCGAAGAAGUACGGCAAGUGGGGCAAAGUGCUAGGCUCGGGAGCAGGAGGUACAGUGCGUCUCAUCAAGCGCAGCAAAGACCACACUACGUUUGCCGUCAAGGAGUUUAGACAGAGAAGACCAGGCGAGAAUGAGAAGGAGUACAUAAAAAAGGUCACUGCGGAAUUCUGCAUCGGAUCGACGCUGCAUCACGUCAACAUCAUCGAGACGCUGGACAUCAUCUCCGACCACGGACACUACUACGAGGUCAUGGAGUAUGCACCCUAUGAUCUCUUUAGCGUCGUCAUGAGCGGCAAGAUGUGCAGACAAGAGAUCUACUGCGUGUUCAGGCAGAUCGUGGACGGAGUGGAUUAUCUGCACAGCAUGGGUCUAGCACAUCGAGAUCUAAAGCUGGACAAUUGCGUCAUGAACACUUCCAACAUUGUCAAGCUGAUCGAUUUCGGCACCGCGACGGUGUUUCACUCCCCCGGAAAGUCCAAAGUGGUGGCCACCGGCGUGGUCGGGUCGGAUCCUUACUUGGCACCUGAGGUGCUGUCUCAGCAAACUUACGACCCUCGCUUGACGGACGUCUGGUCUUGCGCGAUCAUCUUCCUUUGUAUGGUGCUCAGGAGGUUCCCUUGGAAGCUGCCCGACCCCAAGACGGACCCAAGCUUCCGCCUGUACGUCGCUUCGCAUCCAGAGCUUUGUCAGGCACCUGAGCAUCCUGAUCUUGCGAUUAUUGGAAGCGACCCGAGCAGCAGGCGGGGCAGCACAGCCGUCAACUCCUCUGGAACACCUACGCCUGCUGGAGACAAUGUUCUUGGAUCGAUUGCAAGCCCAGAGGAUGCGCCCGUGAUUCGCACAGCUGAGGAGGCAGGCUAUACUUCUGUGCACGGAGGUAGCCACGAAAGCUCCUUUGACAAUCUGGAUGGAAACGCUACGAGCGGACAAGACCCUGCGCGCGCCACUUCAACUGGACUCGUCACGACCGCUUCGCCAAUCGAUGGGGCGUCGCCUUCUGUCUCUGCGCAGAGCAGAGGUGCAGAUCCCACUUCCAGACCUCUAUCGCCUGAUUUGAGGCACCGCAAGCCUACUCGGCAAGAUAGCGUUUCCUCCGUAGCUACCUUUACAUCCGGCGCAGCGGACUCCAUCUUCCGUCUCUUGCCUCGAGAAACGAGAUCAGCUUUGAGUCGCAUGAUGGCAGUGGAGCCUAGCUUGCGCUGCACGCUUGGGGAUCUGCUUAGAGGACGAAGAUUCUCCGAUGGGGAUUCGCCCUUGACUAGAACGCCGGUCAUGUCGCGCACGCCUAGCACGGACAAGCUGAACGGGCUUGGCGACCACCAUCAACCUAGCCACGCUUCGACGGGCAUCACGAGUCCAGGUGGAUUGCAGAGGUUGCAAGACGAAUUUGAAGAUGACGAUGAUACGGGAGACGAAUGGUUAAAGGGAAUCAGAACUUGCGCUCAUGUGCUUGUGGAUGCUAGACCUGGCGAUCAGGCCGAUCAUCCACACGUCAAGGUGGUCCCUGAAGAACAAAAACGCAAACAUAGCCUACUUCACCGCAAGGACUGA